GAGUGUGUUUGCUAAGAAACAAUGCCAUCGCAUACGCUAUUUCUACUAGCUGCUACGAUAACAGCCAUCAGUGCAGAUGAUGAUGUCUUGGGUUAUGCGCUCGAGUUCCAUCACCCAAGACAUCACAAACAUCAUGGUUCUCUUUCCGAACUUUCCGGGCCACAAGGGCUAGGGAAGCUCCACCAUUAUGGACCUCAUCCACACAAACAUCAUGGUCCCCACUCCGAAGUUUUGGGGCCACACGGGCUAGAGGAGCACCAUCAUAAUGGACCUCAACCGCUUGGUUUCCAGGUCCCUCAUCCUUUAGUGCCAGGAUCGAUCCUUCAACCACAGUGGUUAUUGGACGAAGAAGAUGAUGCAGAUCCAAGGACACCGUGGCUAGACGAUGAGAACCAAGAAAAAUUUGUAAAUAUACUGAGAAUUCACGGUGACACAAUCGUAAAUAGCACCGCACUAGAAGAAGAAAAAAAGACAGACGUCUCUAAAAAAUGGGAACCUUCGCAAGCGGGGCAAGGUGAAGACUUUAUAUUGUACUAAGUACCGAACCGCACUAUGCUCAAACACUUCAUCCGCCGCCAACGAAUGAAAAUGAGAAACAUGAUUGAAAUUACAAAACUUUUUAUCCGUUGUUCACAUGUUGUUUCUCUCUUGCCAUGAAGUCAUUUGAUGCUUUGUAGUCAUUUAGAAAAGCAUCUGGUAACAUUUGAAAGAAGAACAUCAAGAGG